AUGGAGAGAGAGGACGAAGAUGCGACGCAAGAGAGGAGGCUGUUCCGUCGUGCACAAUCGUCGCUCCUGGGGUCGAUUGAAGCCGCCGCCGCAGCUAGGGCUUGCCGUGCUCCUGUCCCGCCAAAAGGGCUGUUUUCGCCGGAGCCAGAACAUUAUCGAGGACCAAAGCUAAAAGUUGCCAUCAUUGGAGCUGGCUUUCUGGCAUGUCAACUACAUCAAAGCGACUUAUCAGUAUGGAACGAAGAAAAUGUUAUUUUGAAAUUGGAUGUUAUGGUGUACAUGAUAAACUUGAUUUUUGAAGCAAAGGGGAGUGAUUUGGUGGAUAUAUAUGAGUCGAGGACUUUUAUUGGUGGGAAAGUUGGUUCUAUUGUUGAUAAGAAAAGAAAGUUCCCAGAAAAAUACACAGGUGUUGCAGAAGCUGAUUUUCUGACUUCAAGUGUAGUUCGUGGCGUCCUCAAGAGAAAUUUGGGUAUGCUCGUGAACUAUCUUUCAACAUCCAAUAAGACUUUAUCUUGGGGCUGUUAUUUCCAACAAGGUAUGGAAGUUAAGAUGGAAAUGAAGGUGGAAGAUGCAUAUAGGAAGUCAAUGGAGACAGUGUUGAAUUGGAUACAAGAUACUGUAAAUCUUAACAAGAGUCAAGUUUUCUUUCGUACAUAUACACCCGUGCACUUCAGAAGUGGAGAUUGGAGAAGCGGUGGAAGUUGUCAUUUGGAAACACUGCCAGAGCUUAACAUGUCAUUAGUGCCUAAUGAUAACUGGUCACAAUUCAAAAUAGGCAAUUCAUUGCUAUCAUCACACAAAAACAGCACUGAACUUGUCAAGUUGAAAAUAUUGAAUAUAACAGAGAUGACAGCUCAGAGAAAAGAUGGACACUCAUCAAUUUACUAUCUUGGUCCGAAUGGCGGCACGGCGGCACUCCAUCGGCAAGAUUGCAGCCACUGGUGUCUGCCUGGUGUACCUGAUACAUGGAAUGAGCUGCUUUAUGCAAUGUUCAUGAAACAUGAAGGCUUCUCAUAGCAAGGAACUUCAAAGAGUCGUGGAAUUCUUUUUUAUUUGUCUUGGGCAGCAAGGACUCACAAAUUGUUCUCAACAGUCUCAAAAAGACGCU